CAACAUGCCAAAAAAGAGAGCUUCCAACGGUAGAAACAAGAAGGGUAGAGGUCACGUCAAGCCAGUCAGAUGUUUGAACUGUGCCAGAUGUGUUCCAAAGGACAAGGCCAUCAAGAGAGUCACCAUCAGAAACAUGGUUGAAGCCGCUGCCGUAAGAGACUUGUCUGAAGCUUCUGUCUACCAAGAAUACGCUUUGCCAAAGUUGUACAACAAGUUGCACUACUGUGUCUCCUGUGCUAUCCACGCCAGAAUUGUCAGAGUCAGAUCCAGAACUGACAGAAGAAUCAGAACUCCUCCACAAAGAAAGAGAUUCAACACUGACAGAAAAGUUUCUCCACAAGAUGCUGCUAAGAAGGCUAACUAAAUUUGACCCAGAAUUAUAGUUUCAUUUAUUGUAAUUUAAUUAAUUGUAUAUUGAGUUGAAUGGUUUAGUUUAGGCAUUUGUUAUGAACCUACAUAAACACCACGUAU